GUUGUGUGACUGUGAAGAGGGAGAGUUCCUCCUCCGCCUCACAGUAGACCACUUGGGCCGACAGGUUUUUUGUGCAGGGGAAGACUCCAGAUAUCCUCGUUGUCGUCGCGAGGCCGCCAAGAGAAAUGGGUAACUCGACAGGAAGCACCGUGGACGACCUGCAGGCCGUGGAGAUGCACCUGUGGUACAAGAAGUUCAUGACUGAGUGCCCCUCGGGUCAGCUCACCCUGCACGAGUUCAAGCAGUUCUUCGGGCUGCGGGGUUUGGACUCGGAGGCCAACGCCUACAUCGAGCAGAUGUUCCGCACCUUUGACAUGAACAAGGACGGCUACAUUGACUUCAUGGAGUACGUGGCCGCUCUGAGCCUGGUGAUGCGAGGGAAGAUGGAGCACAAGUUGCGCUGGUAUUUCAAACUCUACGACGUGGAUGGAAACGGCUGCAUCGACAGACACGAGCUCCUCAACAUCAUAAAGGCCAUUCGUGCCAUCAACGGACAUGAGAACCAGGAGGGGACGGCUGAGGAUUUCACCAACGGCGUGUUUGACAGGAUUGAUAUAAAUGGAGAUGGCGAGCUUUCCCUGGACGAGUUUGUGGCCGGCGCUCGCACCGACGACGACUUCAUGGAGGUGAUGAUGAAAAGUCUGGACCUCACCCACAUUGUGGCCAUGAUCCACAACAGGAGGCACAGCGUUUAGCAGCAUCCGUCCGGCUCCGACCUGCCUCGUCCUCCUUCGUGAUUUGACCCCACCAGCCUCUGGUUUAAAAAAAAAUAUAAAAAUGUCACUCACAGACUGAGAUUUCUAUUAAGAUUGAAUCCAGUCUAAUACGAUGCCAGUGUAAAUAAAAAAGAAGUUAAAUGCACCUGGAUGACUCAGUCAACCUCUACCGACCGGUCCUUGUCCUUGUGUAAUGAUGCCGAGCUCUUCCCGGGGGCCAUGGCGACGGCAUUGAGGGAUGAUCUCUCAUCCGGGUCACUUCCCCCCUCACACAUACCCAUGAGGGAUGAAAGAGGGAGAUCAUGGAGUAGAGGGGGGCAACUACACAGACUCAGUUAUGCUUUUGAAAAAAUCUUUUUUUUCUUUUCUCUCCCUCUGGGUCUUCUCCCCUCUGCAUCAGAUUACUCAAAUCUCCAUUUAAACCGUUCUCGGCAGUGGGGGGUUUUGCAGGAGGAGGCUGUGCGGCAGUAACACAGGAACAGAUGAACGUUUCAGAUUUAGUGCAAAUGCAAUUCUCAAAUGUAACCUUUUUUAUGC